AUGCCAUGCCAUACCUAUGAGGUGACCAUGUCGCUAGAUGAGGUGACCAUGUCGCUAGAUGAGGUGACCAUGUCGCUAGAUGAGGUGACCAUGUCGCUAGAUGAGGUGACCGUGUCGCUAGAUGAGGUGAGCAUGUCGCUAGAUGAGGUGACCAUGUCGCUAGAUGAGGUGACCAUGUCGCUAGAUGAGGUGACCAUGUCGCUAGAUGAGGUGACCAUGUCGCUGGGAUGA